AAAAUUAAGCAUUUUUCUAUAAAAAUUUUAUAGAAAAGCUAAAAAUGAAGGCUUAAUCGAUAAAAAACAGAAACGAAGACGAACAUUGCCGCCAUCUGUCGUCAAAGUUAACAACUACACCAGACCAAAACAAGAUGGAAGCUGUGAUACAAAUACAGUGAAUUUGAUAUGUUAUCUCGCAUUUGCCGGUUUCGUCUUGUGUUUAUUAAAGAUAUAUCAUCUCAAAGGCUAUAUAGUACCGGAAGUACAAGUAAGAAUGGAAGCAAAUAUGUUAAACCAGCAAAGGGACUUAAACAAUACUUUGAAAAUAAAUUUAGCAGAUUUGUUAAAGGAUACGAAAUCAUAUUACAGAAUAAAUUCCCCAGUGCAUUUAAAGUUUAUCAGGUAUUUUCUGUAGGAACCAAAGAAUUAUAUCGAGAUAUAAAAGAAUAUAUGAGAAUAUCUCAUGAUUUACGUUAUGGAAAGUCAGUAAGGAAUUUGACAAGAAGGGAAUUGGAAAUAUAUUUUCAAAUUCCGAAAGAUAUGAAAAAAGUUGUACCUGUUUUACUCAUUUCAACUCUUCCAUUUGUAAAUUAUGUUGUUUUUCCUUUAGCUUAUUUAUUUCCUCGUUACUUCUUAUCAUCACAUUUCUGGAGUUUGCAACAAAGGAUAGAUUUUGCCUUAAGUCAUCAUAAAAGACGAUUAUAUAAUUACCGUCCAGUGUUUCGUCAUCUUCAAGCCAAACUCUUGACCAUAAAUGAUAAAGAUUUAAAGGGAAAGUGGGCUAACAUUUUAUAUCAGAUAGGCAGUGGUGUUCAUCCACCUGUUAAUCAAAUUCUAGAUGUAAAGACAUUAUUUGUAAAUGAACCGUACAGCUUAAGAUCACUUAGCUCUAGUCAUUUGAGUGGGUUAUGUCGACUUCAUGGACUUUCUUCAUUUCCUGUUAAAAGUUCUCGUUUAUGGAAUCAUGCUGGUUUUAUAAGAGAAAUGGAUCUUGCAAUGGAACGUGAAGGAAUGAGUAUGAUGAGUUUAGAUGAAUUACGAAGGGCUUGUUUUAUGAGAGGAUUAAGCCCCUUAGGCCUUCACAGAGAUGAAAUGAUUACUUGGUUAAAUCAAUGGACCUUAGUUUCAAAAAAUAUAGAUAGUAGAUCUCUUUCCUUAUUGUUGCAUUGUCCUAUUCUUCUAGCUUACAAUUAUUCCAGUAAUUGGAUUCUCAUCCAUUAAUUUUCUCCCAUACGAAAAUAAUUUAUAUACUUAUUAAUCGACACUGUACAUAGUUAUGUCGAUUAUAAGAAGAUAUAUCCAAAAAAAUCUGUCAAAACUCUAAGCAGAAAAUGUAAAAAUUGCUUAUUGUCAAUUUUUUCCGACAUUUAAUUUAUUCAUUCAUUGUAAGUCAUUUAGUUAUUUUCUGUAAGAAGUUAAUAAUAAUAAUAAAAAAAAGAAUUAUUAUUUU